AUGGGGGCUCACCUGGUUAGACGGUACAUCACCGAACCGGACACCGAGCCGGACCCCAGGAAGAAGUUCGAGUUCGACCCCGAGUUUGGAUUUGAUGAGAGGAAAGAAAGAGGUAAGUCUGCAGCUACUAGUCCAGAGAAAUGCUCACCAGUCUAUAUCAGAGUGUAUUUCAUAGAGUUUGGGUUGACAAAACUGCAUAUAAGACAAUUUGAGCUCAGAUUUCACUCGAGGACACAAAAUUCACCUCCGAAUAUUUCGUGAUUUCGCGUUCUAUAAUCGUGUCGGCCCCGGUGUGUAAGGACCUUUAUACCUGUGCUAAGAGUGAUACGCAGGUCGAAUGAAGCUUUAAAUCUGGUUAUUUGACAUUACUAUCAUUGUUACGAUCAAGGGUUAAAUCAGUUUUGGGGCCCCUGACAGACUCAUGCAUGUUAGAUCGAGAACUGCACGGAUUUUGCAGGAUUUCAAGUGUUGGGGAAAGCAAAAGAUCAGUAGAGUUCAAACUCUAAUAAAGGGGAAGUGGGAAAUGAGAGAUUCAGUUGAAACCAAACCAUGGUCAGGUAGAUCAACAGAAAUUUCUGCCACAACUGACAGGAAGAUUGUUCGGGAUGCAGAGCAAAUCCCACAAAUAACUUCAGCUGACAUACAAGACUGAAAAAAGUGGUGUGGCGUUUUCAAGAUGCACAAUAGGGAGCCAAUAAGUCAUAACUACCCCAAUGCCACAAAGCAGCCCACUUACAGUUCACCGAACAGAGAAGAAUCACCGAAGUAUCAAAUCUUCUGGUACAACAUUACUGGGAGCAAUGAGACCAUAAACGCUACAUUUGGAGAGGAGUCCACAAGGCCUAUGAUGAAAGGGACACUAUUCCAACUGUGGACCAUUGAGGUGGAUUGCUGAUGUUUGGGGGUCUUGAGUUACAAAGGCACAGGGAACUUGGUGCAAAUUGAAAAUACUGAAGGAAAAAUUGCACUCAUCAACUCAGAAGCUGCACAGGGGUUGUACUUGUAUGUUUCAACUAGGGCCCUGGAUUUUUUGGAGCCGAUGCUGAUACCAAUUAUUAAGGGGGGGGUUAAAUUAAGAUAUAAGAUACAUAUAUUAAGAUAUAAAAUAUAUGUAUGUAUACUGUAUAUAUCUACAGUAUACUAUAUACUGUAGGCUACUGCUCUUCACGCUAGGGCUGCAACGAUUAGUCGACGUCGACACGACAAAUUCAUCGACACGAAAAUUAAGCGUCGUGUUAUUGUUGUUAAGAAUCACAUGCCGGCGCCUCAUGCUCAUCUAUAACUGCAGUGCACUACAGGAUGUGCUGGGGGCAGUAGCGCUCGCUGAUUACAUCCCGCGAGCAAACACAGAAGAAGAGUGCACACAUUAUGGCAGAACUAACUGAAAAAGACGCUCCAAAACUCCGACCCAAAACUUCAAAAGUUUGGGAACAUUUUACGGAGAACAAACAAAAAAAAACACGUUGAUCAAAGCUCAGCUUUCCUACCAUGGCAGCACCACGGCGAUGCAUGAGCACCUGAAACGCCGACACCCCGGAAAUAGGUGUUUAUAACUAAAGAAGAUAGUGAUUAAUCGUGAUUAAUCGGACGACUAGUCGAUAGAUUAGUCGACAAAAAAAUAAUCGUUAGUUGCAGCACUACUUCACGCCGACAGGAAGACUGACUGAUGAAACUUGUUGACUUAUUGUAUGUACAACCUUUUUCAAGAAAGUUCAUUAAAAAAAAAAGUACUAAGAACUAGGCUAGGUAAACUUUUGAUCAGGGUCAUUUGGGUCGUUUCUGUUGUCAUUAUGAUCUAAAAAGGGCAAUCACAAUUGUUCGAUAAAUGGUUUCACCCGACCACUAAGCAUGAGUAAAGGCUGUGUAAACUAAUGAGCUCUUGGGUUGUGUAAUUAAUUCUGGGUGAAUUCCCCCCUCCCUUUAUUGACAGACCCACCACUGUCCAUAUUCAAACCUGAGUUCCUUUUGUACAUUGAAAGACAAAACUAAAACGUGUGUUUGUUUGACAGAGAUGGUAGCGACUCAGGAGCAGAUGAACAUGGCCCAGGUGCCUGUGGGGCAGAGGGACUACUGUGCUCACUACCUAAUAAAAUUUAUGAAGUGCAAGAGGGACAACUGGCCCAACAUCUUUGCCUGCAAGCAUGAGAGACAUGACUGGGACUACUGCCAACACCAGGAGUAAGUGUUGGAGUGGGGAUCUGAAAAAGGGCUGGUUGAGUCAAUUUUUUUACAAGGUUAAUGACAGCAAACUCACUGAUAUUAGAUUUAUAUUUCACAGGAGGGUCUGUUUUUGCAACAGCAGGUCAGAAAUGUGAAGGAGAAAUAAAUGAAAAGAAUAUAAACACGUGGUACAGAAUAACACUAUGCAGCUAGUGGCAGCAGAAUAAGUAUUAAAGUUCCUGUGAGGAUUGUUAUGUUGGUUUAUAAGACAGACCAAAAUGAUAUUGCCUGAUAAAAGUAAAGAAAACCAGAUUUAUUUUGAAAGCUUGCCACUGUUCUCACCUGGUUUGUGUCCAACUUGUGAAAGCACUUGAGUCAUUCAAGAAAGAGUUGUGACAAAUUAGCACAUCCUCAUUUAUUUAUGCUGCAUGUGUUUUUGUUUUUUUUAUCUCCAGCUAUGUGAUGCGUAUGAAAGAGUAUGAGAGAGAGAGGAGGCUCCAGCUGAGGAAGAAGAGAACCGAGGCUCAGGCUGAAGCUGCAUGA